AUGGCGGCUAGCGGUCCAUUGGUGGAGCAGGAUGGCACGCAGGUGCAGUUCAAGUCCGUGAUGCAGAACCUGUUCGUGGCUGCCGAGAAUGGCGGCGGGGCGGCGCUGGUCGCAAAUCGGUCAUCCGCCUCUGGUUGGGAGACCUUCAAGCUUUGGCGUAUUGACCAGAACACCUUCAACUUCAAGGUGUUCAGCAACCAGUUCGUGACCGUUGCCGGCGUUAAUGUGGUGGCCACGGCCUCCACGCCGGGGCAGUCCGAGAUGUUCCAGCUAGUGCGAGACGACGCUGACAAGAAUAGGAUGAGGAUCAGAGCACCCAAUGUGUCCUUCUUACUGGCAAACAAUGAUGGUUCGGUGACGGCCGACUUUGGUGAGAGCACAACCUGGGGCGACGACGACCCGUCCGUGUUUGCAGUGACCAGAGUCACGGGCCUACAAGGGGAGUACCAGAUCUGCAAUGGAUAUGGCAAAGAUAAGGCCGCACAGGUCAUGAAUGACCACUGGAGCACAUACAUCGUGGAAGACGACUUUGCGUUCAUGGCAGCAAUUGGUCUGAACGCGGUGAGGAUCCCAGUGGGAUGGUGGAUCGCCAGCGACCCCAACCCUCCAGCUCCAUUCGUGGGAGGCUCUCUCCAAGCCUUGGACAACGCGUUCACAUGGGCAGACAUGAUGAACAAUAUUGGUGUGAUCAUACACUUGCAUGCAGCGCUUGGGUCGCAAAAUCCCAACAAGCACAGCGGUACUAGGGAUGGCUCGCAGACCUGGGGAGACUCCAACAUCACGCAAACUGUGCAAGUCAUUGACUUCCUCGCAGCAAGGUCUCUAUCUGUUACUAUAUUUUUACUUGAGAAAAUAUGGUUUAACGAGGUGGCUCCCGGCGUGUCAAUAGAUAGCUUAAAAAGAUACUACCAACAGGACUACAACGCUGUUAGGAAGCACUCACUUACGGCCUAUGUGAUCAUGUCCAACCGACUUUCAGCGUCUUCGAGCGAGCUCGUCGAUUUUGCCUCACUGUUCGGAAGGGUCGUCCUUGACGGGCACUACUACCUGUUGUUCGACAACAAGUUCAACAGUUUCACUGUGCAGCAGAACAUCGAUUACGUCAACAACAACAUCGCCAGUGAUCUCAGCGCCAUGACAAGGCGAGAUGGCCCUCUCACCUUUGUUGGUGAAUGGGUGGCCGAGUGGCAGGUAAACGGUGCACCGAAGGAAGACUUCCAACGGUUUGCAAAUGCACAGAUGGCUGUGUAUCGGCAAGCUACAUUUGGAUGGGCUUACUGGACCUACAAGAAUGUUAACAACCACUGGAGUAUGCAGUGGAUGAUCAACAAUGGAUACAUCUCCUUACAAAAUGCCUGA